AUGCCGCCUCGAUUGACGCCCCGGCCCACGGCAGCGUCUGCAGCGCGCGCCGCCCGCAAUGCUACUAAUAGGAACUUGCUGUUACCGCAAACUCAAAGACAAUCAAGCUUUAGCACUAACGGUGCUGGAGCGGUUGCCUCUAACGCCUCUACCAAGGGUAAAUCCCCUAUACCACGGAACCCCUCCAAAUGCGACUCUAAAUCUGAUAUACAGUUAAAUCGAAGUCCUGAACCAGAUACUGUGGACAACAUGAGCGAACCACCAAAACAAGAAUUAGAUACAUACAUAGUAGAAAACCUAUCAGUGGUGAUAAUCGAAGAAACGUCCAAUGACAAAGUAGAUUACGAACAUGCUGUUAUUGAAGAAGUUGACGAAACCGAUAAUACAGAUCCACUGCCACAAGCUCGGCCUCACACUCCAGCUCUUGGCAGCAGACCACAAACACCAAAGAGUCUACCAUCCAGUCGGCCACAGACUCCUUAUCCGCCAAGCAGACCUUCAACACCUCUGCAUCCUCAUCACGGAACCCCAGCCAGUCGUCCUAAUACCCCUCGUCUGUCUACUCCCAACAGGCCCAAUAUGCCCCAAAGCGGAAGUAUGAAUAUACCUACCACCCCAACUCGCGAUCGCAUUCCAGCCAGUAACUCCCUGCCUAGUCCACCAAAGUCACCUAUUAAUAAUGAAGACGACAUAAAAACGGUUUACUCGCUGAAGCAGAAUCAAUUUUUAAACAUGAAGAAGGAAUUGGAUUUGAAACAGCAAGCCAUGCUGGAACUAUUUGAAUGUUUACGAGCGCUGCGUGACCGUAUGGCGCAAGAAGGGUUGUCAGGUAGUGGCGAAGGACAGCCGCAGCAGGAGUUGGUACUCUUCAACGUGGCAGACUGGGCUGCUGAUGAGGUGGCUCAACUUUUACGAAACUCUACCGCUUCUAUGGAGCCGAGUAUCAUCGAUACUGUCACACAAUUAGGUUAUUUUUUACAAGCCUGGCAGGAGCGUAGUGCUCUUUUGGCGGUAGGCGAGUCGCUGGUUCGGGAAGUAGCUCACUUAAGGCAAGAUCUUGAAGUGCGUACCGCAGCCAUAAACGAACUGCAACAGUUGCGAAAUGGAAAUGAUAAAAUUAAGCUUUUGGAGGACGCGCGUCGCGAGCUUGAAGAAGAACGCAGCGCGCGUAUUGCGAUUAAAGAUAAAUUGUCGACCACGGAGUCUCAGUUGAGGCAAACACGAAUGCGAGUCACUAAGAUGGACCGACAGUUGCGGGAAGCCGAAGCCAGCAUCGCUAGUCUCACAGGCACUGUAAAAACCUUAGAAGACCAGAGUCGACAGAAAGAAGUGCAGUUAGAAGCACGCGCAAGAAAAUUGAAAGAAUCUUUGAAAACUGGAGAAGUAGCCAGUAGUCACUUAGCGCAACAACGUGACGCUUUGCAAGUUGAAGUGGCACAACUGAAAGAGCAAAUUGAAAAUAUGACAAAUCAACACAAAUCGACAGUACAAGAUUUAACUAAUCAAUUAAAGGAGUUGAAACAUACUUUAGAGGAUCAAAAAAUAAUAUAUCAACAAGUAGUAGAACAAAAAGAAAUAGCACAAAAUGCGUUAAAAGACAAUUUGCCUACGGAAAGAGAAAUGGACAUAUGGGCGGAGCUGCAAGCUACUAAAGAAACUCUACGAAUGACAGAAGAUGAAAUGUCAACUUAUAAACGAGAGAAAGUCAAAUUUUUGGAAACAAUGACAAAGAUAGCGGAUUCAGGAAACAAAGUAGAAAUGCAAAAGAAACUGGCUGCUGAACUACUCAGUAAAGAAGAAAUCGUUAGCAAGUUGCAACUACAGACGAGAGAAUUAACUAAAACCAUAAAACUUAAUGAACAAAAAGUAGCUCAAUAUGAGCAGUACGUCCGAGACCUACAAGCUCACAAUCGUGCGAUUGCCAACUGUCGAGAGGCUCCCGACGGUAUCAGUUACCAGGAUUUGCAACAAGAGAUAAUGAAUCUAAGGAUGAGUCUCCUGGAAACAGUUCACAGAAAUGAAGAGCUGACAGAGUUAUUGAUGCAGAAAGAGCAACAACUUGAACAGCAAGACAAAACAUCACGUGCCCAGGCAAGAGUCAUCAAGGUGCGCGAAGAGCUAAUUAACAUGCUCAAAAACAAGGAGACUGAACAGAGUCGAGAGUUGGCCGCUUUACAGCAAGAUCUAGAACAACGCAUGAAUAUUGUAGGCGAAGUUAACAAGCAAAUUGCUGCAAAAGCCGAAGAAAUUCAAGAAUUAUUCGCGACACUCGAAAACAAACAACAACAGAUUCAUCGGUUGGAGAAAAUAGUGCUGGCACUUGAAGAACAACAAAGGCGUGCACAGGCCCAGCGGACAAGACACGAAGAAAAAAUUGCAGCUCUCGAACAUGAGUUAGCAGCGGGUGGAAAUCGUCGAGAAAGACAGUUCACCGCGAGCGUUCAAUACGUAAACCCGUUUGACUUUGUAUGUGACAAAAUGGAUGCUACAGAUAUAGAUAUUGACAUCGACAUUUUGAUUGACGAGGUUCAAAAGCGUAGUGAUAUAUACGAUACAAAUUCACGUUAUUAUAAUGACCGCAAUAGAAAGAAGAGACUAUGGGAAGAAAUUUAUUUAAUACUCAAUAGCAAAUGGACAACAUAUUCUUCACAAGAAAAAGAAAAAUACGUUAAAGAAGUUCAUAAAAGAUGGGAGUCACUUAGAGGUUGCUUUAGACGUGAUGUAUUAUAUCAAAAAAAUUUUGUACCGAGAAACGGUAUCAAGAAAAAAGCAAAGUACAAGUAUUUUAACUCACUGUUGUUUCUGCUGCCAUUUACUAAAGCAACAAGUACAGAAUAUACGACUAUACAAGAUUUCGAAGCUGAUAAUAAAUCUACCGAAAUGACUCUAGGUAGCUCAUGUCCACGAGACAUUGAAGACAGUAAAUCAUAUUCUCCAUCUAAUUCCGAUGACACUAAGAUUGAAGGAAAACGUUUUCAGAAGAGAAAAAUGAGUACCAACAUAGACCAAGAAACAUUGAUAAAUGAAGAAAACAUCAUAAAUUCUUGUAAUUUUAGAACAGGAUAUAAUAAAACAAGAUGUGAUAAAAUAAGUUUAUCAAAUAGAAGUACCGCUGUCAUUGAUCAGGAAGUGUCAGUGGACGAUGAAAAUUUCUUAAAUUCUUAUAAAAAAAUAAGGCAUAAUAGGAAAGACGAUGAUGAUAAAGCAUUCUUAAUGUCACUUUUGCCCAUAUUGAGAGAUUUUACAUUAGAUGAAAAGAUUUUACUAAGAAUUGAAUUAAUGCAAACGAUUGUGCGAUUUAAAGAGUCACGGCAAGUAGGAAGAAUAUUUACAGGGAGAAAUGAACACGUCGAGAACUGUAUGGAAUUUGUUGAGCCACCUGAGCAGAAAUAUGACGUUCAUCAGCCACUAGCAUCUACUAGCAAAUUUAAUAGACCAGAUACUGCUUCCGUUUUUUUAACAGAAGAUUCCUCGGGAGGUUAUGAUUGAGUUUCUUCUAAGUUUAUAUAUUUUUACUAGCUUUCGCUUGGUUGCCCCGGGCUGCGAGCAGCCCGGGGAGGUCACGAGUAGCUGGUGGAAUCGGGGCGGUGGGGUUUCAAGUCCGCCUAUUGUUAUGUCGGGUUUACAGUUUGAAAUUGCGUAGAAAAGGUCAGUAAGUUCUAUC